AUGAGUCCUGAAGUAAUGCCCAAGGAAAAUGAUUGGGACAGGUGCUCUACUCCAUAUGGGGCUUUGGAGUCCUUGUUUGAACAGACAAUGACAGAUCAUUUGCCGGUCCAGAAGCCAGCAAGAAUUUCUAUGCAAGAUGUGGCUGCGAUCCCUAACCAUGGUGCAGAAAUGCUUCAAGAAGAUUUUCGAAGUGCCCAGCCUCGCUGUAUCUCAUAUGGAGCUCUCCAAGAAGUAUUGUAUGCCAUCGGCUCGGCUCUGCUUUUCAUCGAGGACAAGCUUCUAGAAGACAGUCAGAAGAUACUGCCCAGCCAGGAUCUGGAGGAGAGAUCCCCUGCUUCCUUUGGUCGGCGAGCAAGUAGUGACAAUGAGAGUCGCGUGGGAGCUGGUGUUGCAAGCGGUCAGGCAUGUGGCCCUAAGACUGAAAAUACGCUAAAUGUGAUCAAGAAAAUUGCUAAAUCAGGCCCAGAUACAGAUUCUAAGGCAUCAGAAGAACCCGAAGGAACCUUUGCCAAGAUAAUCCAAGUCAACAAAGAAAAUGGCAUGGACGUACAUCAAGGUGACUUGUUAAAAACAACUGGACGCAGCGCUAUGUCCUGCACAGAUUGCUUGUGGCCCAAAUCUGUCAAUGGAACGGUUAUUGUACCAUAUUCUUUUUCCUCAAAUUAUAGUAGUUUGCACCUUGCCUUGUUUAAGAUGUCGAUGGAUGAAUUUGAAACCCUUACUUGUGUGAGAUUUGUGCCUCGGACAACGGAGAUGGACUACAUCAACAUUGUGUCUUCACAGGGCAUGGCAGGAUUUUUAUCAACAGGUUUUGAUGCUGAUGAUACAGAUUCUAAGGCAUCAGAAGAACCCGAAGGAACCUUUGCCAAGAUAAUCCAAGUCAACAAAGAAAAUGGCAUGGACGUACAUCAAGGUGACUUGUUAAAAACAACUGGACGCAGCGCUAUGUCCUGCACAGAUUGCUUGUGGCCCAAAUCUGUCAAUGGAACGGUUAUUGUACCAUAUUCUUUUUCCUCAAAUUAUAGUAGUUUGCACCUUGCCUUGUUUAAGAUGUCGAUGGAUGAAUUUGAAACCCUUACUUGUGUGAGAUUUGUGCCUCGGACAACGGAGAUGGACUACAUCAACAUUGUGUCUUCACAGGGGUGUGUAUCAUAUUUGGGAAGAAUAGGUGGAAGUCAGCGGGUUGGACUAGAUAUCAGUGGUUGUAUGAACAGAGGAACUAUACAACAUGAACUAAACCAUGCCCUGGGGUUCUACCAUGAGCAAACAAGGAGUGACCGGGAUAACUAUGUCACCAUCAUGUUUCAAAAUAUAGCACCAGAUUACACUGGAAAUUUUAACAAGCAAAACACUAACAAUCUUGGUCUGGAGUACGAUUUUGGAUCAGUGAUGCAUUACAACAAGUUUGCAUUCAGUAACAACUCAGGAGAACCAACUAUUGUGACCAAACCUGACCCAAACAUCCCAAUUGGACAAAUAAAUGGACUAAGUGUUCUAGAUGUCUCUAAAAUCAACCGAUUGUAUCAAUGCAAUGCCUGUGCUUAUUUACUUAAUGAAAAAAAUGGAAGUCUAACCUCCGCCAACUACCCAUCAGCCUACCCCAAUAAUGCUAGCUGUGUUUGGCUGAUCAGAACACCAUCAAAUCAGGUUGCUUUGAACUUUGUUGCCUUUGAUGUCCAGUCAUCUCCCAAUUGUAUAUCUGACUAUAUUAGGAUUUAUGAUGGUCCCACUAAGAGAGAUCCCCUGUUGUUGGACAGAACUUGUGGCACUGGGUUGAUCCCUCCAAUUAUUGCCUCUACUAACCAGUUACUGGUUGAGUUUUCCACUGACAGCAGUGGUACUGGGGUAGGCUUUAAAGCCUUAUACAGCACAGUGAAAUGUGGAGGAACAUUCUAUACUCCUGAAAGAAACUUUACAACCCCCGGGUACCCCAACUCCUAUCGUCCAAACAUGAAUUGCAACUACACCAUUACAGCUCCUGUUGGAAAGAAGAUUUCCUUGACAGUUACUGAUUUUCAGACAGAGGGUGAUCGGUACUGCCUACAUGACUAUUUAAAGAUCGUGGAUGGGUCCACCUGGAAAGGUCCAUUCUGUGGGAACCGUACAAUCCCCUCUUUUACUUCUGGAAGCAAUACACUGUUGCUAACAUUUGUUAGUGAUGGCAGCAUUCAGUUUAAAGGCUUCCAGGCAUCAUAUAAAUUUGGGUAA